UAUGUUCAAUUGCAGAUAUGUUCGUAGAAAUCGAUGCGUAAGAGUUGAUGAUUGUUAUUCUUUUAUGAUUUGAGUAUAAUGCAUUUUCUCUUUUAAGUUGUAACAUUGAUGAAAUACUUUUAAAUAAGAUAUUAGACACUGCAGUUAAAACUUGCACUUCGUUUUUACCAUUAUUAACUUACUAUAAAAGUGUUGGAGGCUUUGACCAUAGUACCAUACUCAUUCAUUCCAUAAAGGUAUUUAUCAUCUGACCAGUGCCAAAACCAACACCUGUUCACUCACAUAUCAUCAAUGGCAAAGAAGCCUGUGAAAUACUACGUGGUGGAUGCUUUCACCGAUUCAGCGUUCAAAGGAAAUCCAGCAGCUGUGUGUUUAUUAGAAGAAGAGAAGGAUAAUCAAUGGUUACAAUCAGUAGCUGCUGAAUUCAAUAUCUCUGAAACCUGUUAUCUCACUCCUAUUCAUGGAACCUCAGUUCCUCGUUUUGGUCUCAGAUGGUUUACUCCUGCUGCUGAGGUUAAACUUUGUGGACAUGCCACAUUAGCAGCUUCACACACACUUUUCUCAUCUGGUUUGGUAGACAAGAAUGUUAUUGAAUUUGUGACACUAUCUGGUGUUUUAACUGCUAAAAAGAUCUCAACAAUCAAUGGCACCAGUGCACCGAAUUUGCAGAAUGGCAAAGCCAAGGAUGGAUUUUAUAUUGAAUUGGACUUUCCUGCUGAUCCUAUUGCAGAAUUCAACUCUAAUGACAAUUCACUCAUUUCUGAGGCAUUGAAUGGUGCUUCCAUAAUUGAUAUAAAGAGGACUGCAGUUGCAGAUAAUUUACUUGUUGUUGUCAAGUCUGGAAAAGAUGUCGCAGAAGUACAGCCACAAUUUGAUGCAAUUGUUAAAUGUCCCGGAAUGGGGAUAAUUGUUACAGGGAGUGCUCCUCCAGAGUCCGGAUUUGACUUCUACAGUCGAUAUUUCUGUCCGAAAUUUGGAAUCAAUGAGGAUCCUGUUUGUGGGAGUGCACAUUGUGGCUUGGCGCCCUAUUGGAGCAAGAAGCUCGGAAAGUCUGAUUUAAAGGCUUACCAGGCAUCAGCUAGAGGAGGAGUUCUCAAUCUUCAUAUUGACGAACAGAAACAAAGAGUGUUUUUGCGCGGGAAGGCUAUUACAGUGAUGGAAGGCUGUGUUCUGGUCUAGUCACUUGGACCAACACAUUACACAUGUAAUAAAUAUAUCAUACGACAAAGUUGUAGUUGGAGCACUUAAUUGUUAUCAACUUAUCAUAUAUUUCUUUUAAUAGAACUGUUGUGAUGCUUUACCACAUAACAAGAAUAUUGUACUUGAUGCACACAAACUUUGGUGUGCACAAUAGUGAAAUUUAUUUGAAUAAAUUGGUGUGGUGGUUACUUUUUA